AUGCCACAACCAGGUAUGUUCUCUCGUGCCGAUGGCAGCAACAUCGCCGAGAUCGACACAGAGGACUUCGUCCACUGGGUGACGGUAGAUUUCACCAAGUUCGGCGGACGAACUGCGCCUAACAGCGGCGAGAGAAUGAUGCGUCUUAUGGCCGAGCAGUGCCGAUCCGGAGUAGCCACUAUUACACCUUUCCCCCAGCAUCACAACCAGAAAUGCUGUCUCUCGUUGCCAGUUGUAGGAGACCCCGAGCUCGUACAUGUUCAUAUUCUGUGGCGAGCAGCUGAGAUUGCUGAUUGGCAUUGGGAGGAGAUCGUGGCUGGUAGGGAGACCAUUGAUACUAAGCGCAUUCUGGGUGAUGCUCCAUGGUGGUCUCGUGUUCAAGUGAAUGGAGCCUAG